AUCUGGCGUUCAUCUCAUGUCCCUACAUGCAGAUGUUCAAAUGAAUUCGAACCUUCCUCGGUUCUGCACGGAGUCCCCCCUGCCCCCGUCAGGCUGGCGGCUGCUGGAGCCUUCCUCACCCUCCACCCACCAGUCACCCCAGAAGCCACGCCAUCACCUGGAAUGUGCCGACCUGACUUCCGGAGGCGGUACCUAUGGAGUGGCCGGUGCGUGCCAGUUUGACCUCGUGUGUGUCAAUGCUUGGAUGCUGGACCUCACACAAGCCAUCCUAAACCUGGGCUUCCUGGCCGGGGCGUUCACCUUGGGCUACGCAGCGGACAGGUACGGCCGAAUAGUCAUUUACUUAAUCUCCUGUUUCGGUGUUGGCGUCACUGGGGUUGUGGUGGCAUUUGCACCCAAUUUCCCCGUGUUCGUGGUCUUCCGCUUCCUACAAGGUGUGUUUGGAAAGGGGACGUGGAUAACUUGCUACGUGAUUGUGACAGAAAUAGUGGGUUCAAAGCAAAGGAGGAUUGUGGGAAUAGCCAUUCAAAUGUUCUUCACCCUCGGAAUCAUAAUUCUCCCAGGAAUUGCCUACUUUAUCCCCAAUUGGCAAGGGAUCCAGCUAGCCAUAACGCUGCCCAACUUUCUCUUCCUCCUUUAUUACUGGGUGGUUCCUGAAUCUCCCCGCUGGCUGAUUACUCGGAAGAAAGGAGAUAAAGCGUUAAAAAUUCUGAGGAGCAUUGCCAAAUGCAAUGGGAAAUAUCUCUCGCCAAGUUACUCGGAGAUCACUGUUACAGAUGAGGAAAUUAGUAAUCCAUCCUUUUUAGAUCUGGUGAGAACUCCCCAAAUGAGGAAGUGCACACUUAUACUGAUGUUUGCUUGGUUCACGAGUGCAGUGGUUUAUCAAGGACUUGUCAUGCGCCUGGGAAUUAUAGGAGGCAACCUCUACAUAGACUUUUUCAUCUCAGGAAUUGUGGAACUGCCUGGAGCCGUCCUGAUCUUACUAACCAUUGAACGUUUUGGUCGACGCCUACCCUUUGCAGCAAGCAAUAUAGUGGCAGGCGUGGCAUGCCUUGUCACUGCAUUCUUACCAGAAGGAAUACUAUGGUUGAGGACCAUGGUUGCUACCCUGGGAAGACUCGGAAUAACCAUGGCCUUUGAAAUUGUUUAUUUGGUAAAUUCAGAAUUGUACCCAACAACAUUACGAAACUUCGGCGUUUCACUGUGUUCAGGUUUAUGUGAUUUUGGGGGAAUCAUAGCCCCGUUUCUGCUCUUCCGGCUCGCGGCCGUUUGGCUAGAACUACCUCUUAUCAUCUUUGGUAUCCUGGCAUCUGUCUGCGGUGGUCUCGUGAUGCUUUUGCCUGAAACCAAGGGUAUUGCCCUGCCAGAGACAGUGGACGACGUAGAAAAACUUGCCAGUCCACAUUCCUAUAAAUGUGGCAGGAAAAGGAAAAGCCAAGCUUCUAACUCUCGCCUUUGAGGCCCCGGCCAAAGACACGGGGACAGAGCUCUGCAGGGGGGCCCCCCGAGGAACCGACGUGCCUCGCAGAGGCACACGUGUGUCCGUUUCAGCUGUGCGGCUCCCAGUGUUCUUCAGACUUCACAGACUUUCAGCCUAUCCGGAGUAUUUUUAUAUAAUGUUGGAUGAAUUAGGGUUUAUCAUGCUGUCGAAGUUCCUGGGAACAUGUUAUAUGUGGCUGGUUUAGCAAAGAGCCUGUUGUGUGCACAGCUCCUCUGGAAGCUUUUCCUCACAUUGGGGCAGGGUCUCUGACCCACUAGGUUGGAGACAGACAAGAGAAGCCCCACCCAGUUCUCACGACAGCUCCAUCAAGAAUGCAGGCUGCGCAAAUCAAGGAUCUGGGGAAAGUAUACAGAUCAAGAAACGAAGGCUCUCAACUGAGUGUGCUGGAGAUUCCAGGCAGGAUGAAGGAUGAAGGAUGAAGAUUUGGGAAUCUUGUCAAUGAAGAGACUAAGCCCAAGGACCUCGGGCCACAUGGCUCUGAGCCUUUGCUGCUUCUUCUCCCCUUGAGUUCCACGAACCCCUGCAGCAGCUGGGGUUGCAGGCACGUCCAGGACUUGCUUCAUAAAUAAGAAUAAAUCUGCUGUACAAUUUGGGGAUGUGGCUCUGAUGUAGAAAAUCAGGUUUGGUCCUGAAAUGAUUCAGGGUAAUUUUGGUCCUCCUUUAGUGGUACCCAGAGCCACGUACUCAGUUUUUUACUGAUGAAAGCCAGGGGUCAUGAUUUCAUGGGUCUUCAGAUUUUAAUCAUAAAGGGAUAUUGAUCUUACAUUUGCAGGUUCAUUUCUAUAAUGGUGCCCAUGGUCAAGAGUGAAAAAGAUGGACAGAUCUCAUUCAAUCUUGACACUUUUAACUUGUCUUGGGAAGAAGCUUACAUUUUAGUUUAAAAGAAACAGCAAUCAUAUCCAUGCUUAAAAGAAUUAGCAGAAGCUUUAUAAGUGACUUUAUAGAUACUAAUAAGGCAUUUGAUCUUUUUUGUUAUUGAGACUUUUGAAAUGUGGAGUUUAAAUGCAAAUAUGCUCUCUUUAUGAUAUUCUGCUUUGUAUGUUAUAUUUGUUAUAUUUUCAGACUCAGUAUGUCUCUUAUGCAGAACUGUUUAAUGGAUUCUUGUGUGUGGACAGGCAAAAUGGGCGCCAAAGGGAAGUCUUGCCAAUGAGGAAGAAAAUUUCUAUGUGAGCACGUGAUGAUAUGUACGAUGUGUGUGCUCUUUGUAAAGUAAGUUUUCAAUCCUUAAAGCUCACCAGAAUUGAAUAUGAAUGUUUUAUUUCUCAAUGAAAUAAACACAGUUCUUUGAGGAGGCACUGCUGCAUUCCCCUUUCAUUCACACACACUCGCAUUUUUGCUUUCUUGGCACUGCUCUUUGCUGUGAGAUGACUGUGGUUCCUUGACAUGAUCACCUUUGAAUUGUAUUUUGAGUUGACAUUUUGGUUCUGGUAACAAUAAAAAAAUUUUAAUUGUCAAGAAAAA